AGGUGUCACUGGAUGGCGCCAACGACCUGGCUCACGUGUCGGCGCCCCCGGCGCCGCUAGGUCUACAUGGUUCAAUACAAGAUCCUGGGCCCAGGCAUCCAGCCGGCGAGCCAGACGCCGGUUGAAACGGAACUGCGGAUUCUCAACUCUACCGAGAGCCUGACGUUGCCGGUGGUGACCAGUACUAAAGUCAUUGAACUCAAGGAGUACUUGUCCCAGAGGCUGGGGAUCGAUACUGACAACCUUCACUUCGUUCAUCGCGUAGGAUGCAGUUGGAGGAAGCAACUGGAUCAUGAAGAGGUGGGACGAAAGGUCACGGUAGGCGGAAUCAAGAGCUUCAAGCCCGAGAAAAUGACGUACGCUGAUCCCUUCCUGAUCAUCGGUGCUGGUCACAUCGGACUGCGACACGGCCUGUACCUGCUGCAGCGUGGUUUCAAGGACUUUGUCAUCGUCGAUCGCCGAAACAAGGUCGGGGGAACUUCCUGGAUUUCGCAGGCAAACAAGACCUCGAAGCUCCAGACUGAGCUGGGAACCUACCACUUACAGUUCGACGAAAUCAAUGAUGUUCCCAAAGACAUGAGCACCUGGCCUUCGCGCGAUGAGUUGCUGGAGCAUUUCCACAAGGUGAGUGAGGAGUACGGCCUCAUGCCCUAUAUCAAGCUUUGCACCAAUGUGACCAAAAUUGACAUCCAGGGGAAGAAUAGUGGCGAUGGUCCUUUGGGCAAGGCGUAUUUGGAGGCCACCCUGGAGUUUGGUGCAACCACUGGUGUGCAAGUCUCUAGAGUAUCAAACCCUACAUCCAAAACUCCGAUAUGACUGGGUGUCC